AUGGAAACUCCAACAACCAUUGAGAUUCCACAUCCUCCAGAAGAGCAACUCCCACCACCACAACAGCCACCAAAGAAAAAGAAAAUUCAUUAUCCUCGUAUAGGUAAAAAAGUCGGAUUAUCAGAUGAUGAACCAGAUAUCCUCAAUGACAAUUCAUUAAAAUUUGAUGAAUUGAUUGUUAGGAGACGUGCAGCACUUGGACUUUUACCAAAUGUUCAAGAUCCUGAAUCAAAACAAAAUUUUAGACUUUCUGAUUUAAAGAGUUCUAGAUUUUACGAAUUUGGAGAUGGUUUCAAGACUGCUUUUAAUUCAGGAGGCUACCGUUUGUGUCGUUCAAAUCGAGGCUUUAUAUCAGAAGGAAAAUAUUACUGGGAAAUGAUAAUUAUAAGCGCAAACCCAGACUCUCACUGUAGAUUUGGAAUAACAACAUUACGUGCAGGGUUGGAUGUUCCUGUUGGAUAUGAUGAUAGAGGAUACUGCGUAUGUGAUAAAGGAGGGGCUUAUCAUAAUAGAAUUCUUACUCCAAAUACACCUCAAUUUGGAAUGGGCGAUAAAAUUGGAAUUGGCCUUUCUAUUUCUAAAAAUAGCGAAGAUAAACUUGUUGGAGAGAUGAAUUUAUAUAUUAAUCGCAAAUUUGAAAUGACUGUAUUUACGGAUAUUGAUUUUACGAAAAGAUGGUUCCCUUCCUUAUCAAUUUACAAAGGUGCCACCGUUUUGGCAGAAUUCUCACCACAUUGGAGGCCAGAAGGAUAUAUGAACGCUUCUACUUACGAAUUCAACACUCCUGAAUUACCAAUCAGCGUCAAUAUGCUUCUUGCUGCAAUGAGAUCGUUUUCUUCAAGUAACUUACCACCUCAAGAUAUAUACGAUGCAAUUAUGGUUGCCUUAACUCCUAUUUAUGCUAUGCCAUAUUAA